AUGUCAGUACAUAUAUUAUAUUAUAAAAUGAAAUCUGAUUAUUCUGUACAAUCUUCUGUUUUAAUUUUAUCAACAAAAACUCAUUAUCCCGAUGUUUAUGCCCGUGAGCAAUUAGCAUUGAGAACUGGAUUAACAGAAGCUAGAGUACAAGUCUGGUUUCAAAAUAGACGUGCUAAAUGGCGUAAACGUGAACGUUUAGGUGGAAGUGGUAGCAUAAUCAAUGGAUCAAGUGAUUUGAGCUUACAUUUAUCUUUUUCAGAACAAAAUGAAUUACCUACACCUAAUAAUAAUAAUUCAUCAACAUCAACAGCGGUUUUUGCUGCGGCCGCGGCUGCAUGUGCUAUGGCUGCAGCUGUUACUGCUGGUACUAAUUUAAAUGGUAAUCAAUUAACUGCAACACAAAAUCAUUUAAAUAAACAUGUGACUAACGAAAAUACAAAUAAAUAUACCAAUUUAUUUUUAGGAUCUAAUUCGUCUUCAUUUAUUCCUACUCCUAGUACUGUUGAUACUCGACAGAUUGCAGGUAUAUUUGAUCAACAAAAUUCAAUCAGUACAAAUUUCAAUAAUUAUGAAUCUAAUUUAAUUCAUCAUUCUAAACAGUUUUAUGAAUCACAUCCAUAUUUAUCGUUAACUUUGAAUAAAUUAGCAAAAUCGGGUAUAAAUUACAAUGAAAUAAGUAGAAAACCAUUUCAUGAAUCUGAUCUAAUUACGUCUAUAAAUAACGAGAAAUUCGAUAGUAAACAUUUAUUUAGAGAUCAAUUUAACGUUGCUCAUAAAUCGUCAAAUAUAAAUACGGAUUUAUCUUUGCCAAUCAUUAAUAAAUCUGGAUAUACUCAACAUAAUGACGAAUUGAAUCAGCAUCAUCAACACCAACAUUACCAACAACAACACAGUUCAACUGAAUGCAAUGCAAGUUCUAUGCAUGAAAGAUGGCAGUAUAUUACAGAUGUCAAGCGUCAUUCUGUAAAAAAUCCUUUUUCUACUAAUGAUAUCCCAAUGGAUCGACAGAGAAAGUAUUCCUCUUCUCCACCAACUAGUAUUGAGUGGUCAUUAAAUGCUCAAAAUGACGUUAAAAAUAAAAAUAAUAAUGAAGUUAAUUUUAACUGUUACUCAAUAUCUGGACAUAGUGAUCACAAUAGUCAAGUAGUAACUAAUCCAACUAAUAUAAAAAAGAAUGAUGUACAUGAUACACUUGAAACAGCAAUAACAACGACUAAUGCUUCUAUCAAAAAUAAUCACACACUUUGGAAUUCAACAGAAUUAACUAAUUCCCUAUAUUUGAAUAAUACUUUCACUGACAAUCAUCAACUUGUGAAUACUUCAAUUAAUGGGGAUACAUCUAUCUCUCCUACUAAUAACAGUAAUAAUAACACUAAAAAUGAAAAUUUGAAAUCUAAUUUAAGAUGGAAUUUUUCAACAGAAUUAAAAGAAUCUGACUGGUUAGUUAAUAAACAACAAUUGACUAAUUUCUAUGAUGAACAAAAUUCUACUGAAAGUAAGAUAUUCAUCUAGUUUGAAAUGAUUUAAAUAAUGGAAGUAUGAUAUUAUUAGUGAGUUUGUAGCCUUCUUUGUUUUAUUUAUGCUUUUUUCUUCCUUCAUACAAACUGAUGAAUAUAGCUUAUUCAAAAACUAAAUACAAGUCUCUAUAUGAAUUUUUGACUUUUAACAAUUUUCUGAUUGUAUUGUUAACAGCUACGAUUGAAAUUCUAGUCAUGUACAAUAAUGAAGAGAAAUAUGAAAUCUCUAAAACCUCUUUGCGUAACAAUUGAAAGAAUUUGGAUAAUUUUAACGCGGAUAUUGAUUUUGAUCCUACAGGAUAACCCAUAUGUUCAUUAAACCUCACUCUUAC